CACGCCCCGCCCUUCCCCUGUCCAUCACCGGGCUCCGGGCCGGCGCCUCCCAUGUGACCGGAAGGACCGGGGGAGCCGCCCCCGGAGGAGGCUGGGAGCCGGGGCGGGCCGCAGGCGGAGACCCGCCGGCAGCAGCGCGGCGCCGGUAGCGAAGCCGCCCGGAGCGGAGCCAGGGCCCCGGCGCCGAUAGCCUGGAUCAUCCAGAAGACACAAUGAGUUUGAAGGCCUUCAAGCUCGUUCCUGCUGUUGAGCGGGAGAUGCUAAUGGGAGACAAAGCUCGAAUCAAUGUUGAAUGCAUUGAGUGUUGUGGGAAAAACCUCUAUAUUGGAACCAAUGACUGCUUUGUCUAUCACUUCCUACUAGAAGAGAAGAUAUCAGCUGGAAAAGUAACUUUUGCUGCCACCAAACAACUGCAUAAAUACUUGGGCUUCAAGAAAGCAGUCAGUGAGCUGAAAGCAGCUUCAGCACUCAACAGGCUACUGGUGCUUUGUGACAACACAAUAACAUUAGUUAACAUGAUGAACCUGGAACCUAUCCCCACUGGAGCUAGAAUAAAGGGAGCUGUGACAUUCACAUUAAAUGAAAACCCUAUGAGUGGGGACCCUUUUUGUAUAGAAGUUUGCAUUAUCUCAGUGAAACGGCGGACCAUCCAGAUGUUCAUGGUGUAUGAGGAUAGAGUCCAGAUAGUGAAGGAAGUUUCCACUCCAGAGCAACCCUGUGCCGUGGCUGUAGAUGGUCAUUAUUUGUGCCUUGCUCUCACUACACAAUAUAUCAUACUGAAUUAUAAUACUGGCAUUUCCCAGGAUCUGUUCCCGUAUUGCAGUGAUGAGAAACGGCCAAUUGUGAAAAGGAUAGGCAGACAGGAGUUUCUACUGGCUGGACCUGGAGGGUUAGGUAUGUUUGCAACUGUGGAUGGCAUUUCCCAGCGUGCUCCUGUGCACUGGUCAGAGAAUGUGAUUGGAGCAGCCCUGUGUUUUCCUUAUGUAAUUGCUCUUGAUGAUGAGUUUAUUACAGUGCAUAGCAUGCUGGAUCAACAACUAAAACAGACCCUCCCUUUUAAGGAAGGCCACAUCCUACAAGAUUUUGAAGGAAAGGUAAUUGUAGCUACCAGUAAAGGUGUGUACAUCUUGGUGCCAUUACCUUUAGAAAGACAGAUUCAGGAUCUUCUAACCAGCCACAGAGUGGAAGAAGCCCUAGUCUUAGCAAAGGCAGCCCGAAGGAACAUUCCAAAAGAGAAAUUUCAGGUAAUGUACAAACGAAUCUUGCAGCAAGCAGGUUUUAUACACUUUGCACAGCUUCAGUUCCUAGAAGCAAAAGAACUCUUCAGAAGCGGCCAGCUGGAUGUCCGGGAGCUGAUCUCUCUCUACCCCUUCCUGUUGCCUACUUCCUCUUCAUUCAUACGGUCUCAUCCGCCUCUUCAUGAGUAUGCUGAUUUAAACCAGCUGACCCAAGGGGACCAGGAGAAGAUGACUAAGUGCAAACGAUUCCUCAUGAGUUAUUUGAAUGAAAUCCGCAGCACUGAAGUUGCUAAUGGCUAUAAGGAAGACAUUGAUACAGCUUUGCUCAAGCUGUAUGCAGAGGCUAAUCAUGAAAGCCUUCUGGAUCUACUGGUCUCAGAGAAUUUCUGUCUUCUAACAGACAGUGCUGCCUGGCUGGAGAAACACAAAAAGUAUUUUGCACUUGGACUCCUGUAUCACUACAAUGGUCAAGAUGCUGCAGCACUUCAGUUAUGGGUGAAAAUAGUUAAUGGAGACGUUCACGAUUCUACACGUUCGGACCUCUAUGAGUAUAUAGUAGACUUCCUUACUUUCUGCUCAGACCAAAAACUAGUGUGGAAGUAUGCUGAAUGGGUUUUACAGAAAAGUGAGGAGGUUGGAGUACAGAUUUUUACGAAAAGGCCUUUGGAAGACCAAGCCAGCUUUAAUCCAGAUAACGUCAUGGACUGCCUUAACAAAUACCCCAAGUCACUUGUUAAAUAUCUGGAGUACCUAGUCUUGGAUAGAAAAAUAGAGAAGGAAAAGUAUCAUACCCACUUAGCUGUGUUGUAUUUGGAGGCAGUGCUGCAACUAAAAUCUGUGACCACAGACAAUUGUGCAGAAUUCACUGAAACACAGACUAAGCUACACAGUCUUCUUCAGAAAUCUGACUUUUAUAGAGUUCAUUUUAUUUUAGAUAAAAUCAAGGGGACAGAUCUUCAUAUGGAAAGAGCAAUACUAUAUGGGAAAUUGGAAGAACAUGACAAAGCUUUGCAUAUCCUAGUCCACGAAUUAAAGGACUUUUCUGCUGCUGAAGAUUACUGCAUAUGGAGCUCUGAGAGUAAAGAUCUACCAUACCGGCAAAGGCUUUUCCAUAUGUUGCUCUUGGUUUAUCUAAAUCCAGACUCUUCGGACUGUGAACUGGUCAUGGCUGCUGUAGAUCUCUUGAAUAAUCAUGCUGCUGAAUUUGAUGCAGCCCGUGUCUUACAGCUUGUGCCUGACAGCUGGUCAGUACAGCUCCUCUCCCCAUUCCUGACCGGAGCAAUGAGGGAAAGCAUUCAUACAAAAAGAAUGACUCAAAUUACACUUGGGUUAGCAAAAGCUGAAAACUUAAUUUAUAAACAUGACAAGGUUAAACUAAAAGGAAGCCCAAUUAUUCUUUCGGACAAAAAGCUCUGCCAGGUGUGCCAAAGUCCUUUCUGUGAGCCUGCAUUCGUGAGAUACCCAAAUGGUGGUAUGGUUCACACCCAUUGCGCCGCAAAGAGACUCAUUAAUCCUAACAUGACCCAUCACAGUCAAACUUGAACUAUGUUCCAGGUUGCACUAGUUUCCAUGACUUACUCCUUGGAAAACGUGCUGGAUAAAGAGCCAAGUGCAGCUACUUUAACAGUAAAUCAAGAUGAAGAGAUUAUCCUGGGACUAAUGGGAAGAUUUCAAUAAAUGUGAAAUAUGGCCACUCAUCUGCUGAUCUUUAUGAAUGUAGACAGCAAAGAAAAUAUUAACUAUCAGAAGUAGAGACACGCAAGAGUAGGCUCUUCUGUGUAUAGUAAGAAAAAAAAUCUACCUUCUGAAAGAAAAUAAGCCUUUUCUUCACAGAAAGGAUGAAUACGGGGCAGACUAAUGUUUUUUAAGGAAACUUAAAUUUGCACUGAAUGUGUUGCUUAUAAACAUGGUGUGGCGGGGAGAGACCCUUUUAUUCAGGAGUCGGAUAUUGUCUGUCUCUAGAAUGCUUGAUGAAGAGACUAUACAGUGUUGUAGCCAUGUAGAGAAGAGACUGGCAUGAUGCAGCUUAUUCUCAAGAAAAAAAUGCAUAUCGAUUGUUAGCUGCAGCAUGUCCUCAUUUCUUCUGAAAUCUGUUCCACAGGAUCACAUUAUGAACUUGUUCUGUGCGCUACAAAUUGUUGGCUUUUGAUGCACUUUUUGUCUCCCCUGGCCCAUCCCGCCACCACGUUCUGCUGUAUUGUUGUCAUAAAACCAAUUUAAGUACUGGCCUGUUGCUAGUUCCUAUUGUUUUGCUGUGUCUAAAGUAAUAAACUCAGUGGAAACUGAUGGCCUCAUACAGUCACACAUCUGUAUUUGAAAAUCCCAGUUGUAAUGAAGGUGUCUGAUACAGUCUAGUUAGACCCUAGUCAUAUUUUUGUUGGGGAAAGAGGCUUUAAUAAUUUUUAAUAUGGACUUACAUAUUAAUAUGCAAAUAUGCUGUAAAUACAGUUGAAUAAAUUGGUUUUAUUA